AUGAGGGACGAUACUAGUAAAAAGUCGGGCAAAGUUGACGAGAAUGGCGUCGGACAGUGCAUUUCGCGUGGAACAGUCCGCUUAGGGCCCUAUGAAGAGACUGCCAAUACACAAAAAAGCACGUCCAACUUUAUCCCCACAAUGGUACUUGAGAAGAGUGCUUCGGGGACACAACCAGCAACUGGUGCUCUAGAUUUUGAUUGCAACGAUUUGGGUAAUCCUGAUGAUUUGGAAUUUGCAAAUUUAAUGAGUGAGAAUGACGAGAUGAUGUGUAGGAUAGAGCGGUUGGAUCAAUCAACGCAGGAGCAGAUCAGUAAAGCUGAUAAAGCAUUGAAAUCUGCAAAGCCAUCCUUUUUUUCCAAACUUUUCCCAAGCUUCAGUACUGUUACCAGCGGUUAUCUCAAUGGUUUUCAAUCGGGGUUUAAUUUGACUUCAAGUGCCAUAGUCACCGAGGCCAGUCCUGCUUUUGUUGCCGGUCAACUUCAGCCUACCAGACGCAGGAAGUUUUUGAAUAGACUCACUUCUUGGGUUAAAACUUCACACCUGAUUGGUGAUGUAUCUAUAAGAUCGUGCACCGUACAACUUAAUGGAUCAGCGAACAAUUCUGCAUGGUUGGCCUCCAGUGGGAUUCCUGGCACAUCAGGUAGCGAUAGACUAGUACUGAGCAACGGUCGCGCGCGCGUGUCUCCCAUUGAUGACGGCAACCAAAUAAAGCUUUUCACACCUAUGUUAAUGAGAGCUCGCGGAUACCACUCUAGAUCACGCUCUUUAAGAGGACUUCAAUCCAGAGGCCUUUUUGAGAAGAUGAGAAAAGGCGUAUUAUUCUGUCAUAAUCGUAGAAAAAGCAAGAGUUUUCAUAGUUCUCGAACGGGCUACAGUAAAAUGUCCUCCAAUUCAGAAAGUGAUACCAUGAAACGACCUAAAGCUGGAAGUACUUCAAACAUUAGUUUUGAGGCUUGUGGAAAUCUAAUAACAAUAUAA